AUGGAAUAUUCAUGUGUUCAAUUAAAUGAUUUACCUGAUGAAAUUCUUAUUUAUAUUUUCAAAAAAUUAAAUAAUGUGACAAUACUUUAUUCUUUAGUGGGUAUCAAUAAACGAUUAGAUAGAAUUUUACAUGAUUCUAUUUUUACUAGUAAUUUAACGUUAUUAAAUUAUUUAUCAUAUAAUUCUAUUUCUUCAUUAUCUAAACCAAUACUUGAUCGAUAUUGUUUUGAAAUCUUACCUAAAAUUAAUAAUAAAAUCAACUGGCUUAAUCUUGAAUUAUCAUCUAUGAAACGUAUCCUUUCUGUAAACUAUCCUAAUUUAUUUGGACUUGGUAUAUAUAAUAUUGAAAAGGAGACUGCUUUACGUCUUUUUACAGAUCAAACUUGUUUAAUUGAAAUAUUUAAAAAUCAGAUUUCAUCACUUGUGAUUGGAACUAAAAAUAAAUGUGGUUUGACCGAGAAUGUGAAUACACUUAUAUUUACAAAUAUAUUAACUAUACUCAACAAUUUAAAAUAUUUACAUUUUGAUCCAUCUUUGGAUACUUAUCAACAAAUAUCAUUCAACAGAUCAUCUCCAACUAUUUUCUCUUCAACUUUGCUAGAAUUACAUGUCAAAGUAAUGACUAUUGACGAUUCACUUUAUUUACUUGAUGGUCGUUUCAGUCAACUUCAUUCUUUCUAUGUUCAUAUAUUAUCAUCUCUACAUUUCAAGUUGAAAUUAAAUAAAGGAAAAUUAUCAAAUUUAAAAACUUUUUCAUUGUCCUGUGAUUCGAAAAUCUUUUACUAUGAUGAUGUAAUUAUACCACUUUUACAUCGAAUGUCGAAUUUAGAACAACUUAAUUUAUAUUUGGAUUGUUCUUGCGAGAAAACAUUUAUUGAUGGAAAUGAUUUAAAAACGAAUAUUUUAAAUCAUAUAUUACAAUUAAAAUCAUUUGCAUUUAAUAUUCGUUCAUCAGUCCACUAUAUUAAUCAAAUUGAUUUACCAUCAAAUCAAUAUAUUCAACAUACAUUCAAAGAAUUUAAAUAUAAGAAAAUCAUUUCUUCUGUUGAUUAUUUUCCAGAUUCCAAGAUAGGUGAAUGUUAUAUUUGUUCAUAUCCAUUUACCAUGACACGUUAUGAACGUAUUACAAAUAAUUUUUCAGGUGAAUUAUUUAAAUCUGUUUGUGAAGUUGAAUUAUUUGAUGAACGUUCUUUUGAACAUGAAUUUUUUCUUCGAAUUCAGAAAUCAUUUCCAUUUAUGAAAAAACUAACUUUAAUUAAUAAUAAACCACAAAAUGAUAAACAAUGUAGAGAAUUAAAAAAUAACAAUAAUAAUUUAUUAAUUAUUCAAUAUCCUCAUCUUACUUAUCUUAAUCUUGAUCAAGCUCAUGAUGAUUAUCUCGAACAAUUUCUACUUGACACCAAAAUGUGUUUACCAAUUAAUGUUGAACUUCGUGCCAUGUAUAAAUCUUUAAAAAAAGUAACACACAAUUUUAAAAGAAAUGCAACACGAAUUAAUUGUUUAAAAAUGAAUUAUAAAUGUACAGAUGAUAUUUCUCGAUUUCCAAAACAUUUGAAAAACUAUUUUCGUAAUGUAUAUUAA